GUACUCCGAAUUUGUAGAGAAUCAAAACAGAACAGAAACUCAUUGCAAAUAUGUAUUGAUUAUAAUAUAAACAGUGUUAGAUUAAACGAAUUAAGCGAUAAAUGAUAUUUUCUGUUGGAUGAACGUGCUUUAAUGUUUCAGUUGAUGCCAUGAGUGGGCGAGCAGAAGACCGCAGACCAGCACGAGGAGGUAGUGAGAGCAAGGGUCGGGGGACAAGGCCAUCUUCAGGGGGAGGAAAGAGCUACAGGGAGUUACGGUACCAGGCUGGAAGAGGCAGUGGGCGUGGCCCUAGAGGAGGUGGGCCCAGUGAUAGAGACCGGCACAGUGAUAGAGACAGGCAGAGCGACAGGGAUCGGCCUACCAGUAGGGAUCAUCGUAGCAGUGAAAAACCUGUCAAUGAACUAGGGGAUGGAGAUGCCAGCAAGCCCAAACAGGCAGAAUCCAGCCCUACAAAAACUGCGAAGCCAGUGCCUAGCAAGGUUCUAUCAGCUGCAGAACUUGAAGCCCAGUGGCAGAAGGAGGAGGAGGAGAAAAAACAGGAAGAGCUGAGAAAAGCACAAGAGGAGGAGGAGAGGAAAAGACAAGCUGAAGAGGCUGAGAGAUUGAGGAAAGAAGACGAAGAAAGACGACAGGAGGAGGAGCGACAGAGAAAGGAGGCAGAGGAUAGGAAAUGUAUAGAGGAUUUCAUAGCAGAUUGUAAAGCCAGGAAUGCUGAGAAAUUAGAGCAAAGGAAAGCCAACCUUAAUGCAGAUGAAAACAGACCUGAAGAACGGUUCUUUGGUAAACUGGAUUCCAGUUUAAAGAAAAACACAGCGUUUGUGAAGAAACUGAAAUUGCUAAGUGAAUCCCAGAAAGAGAGCCUUACCAAAGAGUUCAACAGUCUCAAUCUCUCCAAGUAUAUAGGAGAGGUGGCAGUGUCAAUUGUUGAGGCUAAGUUAAAGAUGUCAGACAUUGGCUGUGCCAUUCACCUGUGCAGUAUUUUACACCAGAGAUACGCUGAGUUUGUGCCAGCUCUGUUGGAAAAUUGGCAAAAAUGCUUUCCCACGAAGAAGGAUGAAAAAAUUAGCAAUCCCAGCAAGUAUCGAGUGGACCUUCGAUUCUUCGCUGAACUGGUAUCAGUGGGCGUGUUCCGUGACAAGGAGGGACUUCCCAUAUUGUCCAAUCAACUAGCGAUACUCAUCAACAACGAUAAAGAGGCGCACAAUAAUUUGUCCAUCCUGUCUAGCUUCUGUAAACACUGUGGGGACGACUAUGCCGGUCUCCUGCCACGCAAAUUUAGGCUGUUGGCUGAGAGGUUUAACCUUGAAGUUCCUAAGAGUACAGUGCUGGCUAAGGAGAGAAAGAAGGGUUGCCGGAACCUGCUGAAGGAUUACUACACCUCCCUGUGCAAGCAUCUGCUGGCUGACCAUAAAAACCUCAAGAACAUGGAAAAACAGAACAGGAAAACUCUCCUGACAAAGGGAGAACUCAGCCAGGACAGGAAAGAGAGAUUUGAAGAGAUGUAUAAUAACUACCAGAAACUGUUCUCCAACUCCCUGGUUUUUACAGAUCUGUUGGAUGAAGAUAUGCCUGAUCUACCCGAAGAUGACAUGAAAGAUGACGAUGGUGGACUGGACAUCUUCAACCCACUCAACAUGGAGUUUCAGUAUGAUGGUGACACAUCCCUGUGGGAAGAUGAAGAAACCAGGACUCUAUAUGAGAGCCUGCCCGACCUGAAGGCCUCUAUACCUGGGAUCCUGUACAAGGAAAGUGAAUCUGCUGCCAGGGACCAGAAAGAAGCAGACUCCGGACUUGAGGAUGAAAUGGAAAACCUUGAGAUUGAAGAUGUUGAAAGGGAGAUGGAGACCCAGAAACAGCUGGAGGAGCAGGCACAGAGUGACCCGUCCGGUGGAGGGAAAGAGGAGGGCAAGGAGGAAGAGGACAGUGAACAGCUACUGCCCCCUGUAGUGGAAGAUGACGAGGAGACUGGCAGCCUGAUGAAGGUCCAGUUUGAGGCUUACGCCCAGUCACUGCCCACGUGUGUCAACAGAGAUCUCAUUGAUAAGGCUGCAAUAGAGUUCUGUAUGAACUUCAACACAAAGAAUAACAGGAAGAAACUAGUCAGAGCCUUGUUUACCGUUCAUAGAACCAGGUAUGACCUUCUUCCAUUCUACUCCCGGCUCGUGGCCACUCUGUACCCGUGCAUGCCUGACGUGGCUAAUGAUCUCACCCAGCUCAUCAAGGGAGACUUCCGCUGGCAUGUUCGCAAGAAGGAUCAGAUCAACAUUGAAUCCAAGCUGAAGACUGUUCGCUUCAUUGGAGAGUUGGUAAAAUAUAAACUGUUCCCAAAGUCAGAGACACUGCAUUGUUUAAAGAUGCUGCUGUUUGACUUUUCCCAUCACAACAUAGAGAUGGCUUGUGCCCUGCUUGAGGCAUGUGGAAGGUUUCUGUACAGGUCACCGGAGUCACAUCACAGGACAAGGGUCUACCUGGAUGUGAUGAUGCGGAAGAAAUCAGCUCUGAUGUUGGACAGCCGCUACACAACGAUGAUAGAGAACGCUUAUUACUACAGCAACCCCCCAGAUGCACCACAGGUGGCGAGGAAGGUGCGUCCACCAAUGCAUGAGUAUAUCCGCAAGCUGCUGUACAAGGACCUGUCCAAGAUCACAACUGAGAAAGUGCUGCGGCAGAUGAGAAAACUGGACUGGGAGGAUCCAGAGAUAGGGUUCUACACCACCAAGUGUUUGAUAGCUGUGUGGAAUGUAAGGUUCAACUCUAUUCACUGUGCAGCCAACUUGCUGGCAGGGAUUGCUCCGUACCAUGAGACUGUGGCUAUACAGGUGGUUGAUGGAGUCUUGGAGGACAUUAGACUCGGAAUGGAGAUAAAUCACCCAAAGUACAACCAGAGAAGAGUAAGCUGUGCCAAGUUCCUGGGAGAGCUGUACAACUACAGGAUGGUGGAGUCUGCUGUCAUCUUUAAAACACUGUACUCCUUCAUCACAUUUGGAGUCGCUAGUAACGAGGGUGAGGUAUCCAUGUUGGACUCACCUGAUCACCUGUUUCGUAUCCGGCUGGUCUGUGUUGUCUUGGAAACCUGCGGAACAUACUUUGACAAGGGAUCCAGCAAAAAGAAACUUGACUGCUUUCUUGUUUACUUCCAGCGUUACUACUGGUUCAAGAAGAGUCUACCGGUGUGGUCGGAGUUGAGACCCUUCCCUGUGGAUGCAGAAAACCUGAUGCAGGACACCAUGGAUGCUGUGAGGCCCAAACUGAAGAUGUAUGCGAGCUUUGAAGAGGCCUCUACAGCAUGUGAGGAGCUGGAGAAAGAGCUUAAACCCAAGAUAGCUGGCCUGCUGCCCAUAGUCGAGACAGAGGACCCAGAGGCGAGUGAAUCAGAGGACGCCUCUCUCUCUACCAUACAUGAAACACAGGAAGAAACUAGUGAUGUGAGCCUGUCUGAGAAGACGUUUGAAGAGGAAGAGAGUGAACACAGUCAGAGUCAAGGGGACCUCUCAACAUCCCAGCGAAACCAGCAUACAGGUUCAGAGGGUGAGGAUGGAUAUGGUGAUGAAGAUGAAGAGGAGGAGGAAGAGGAAACAGAGAUGGACACAGACCAUGAGAUGGACAAUCAUGAUGAUGAGGUUAUACUUAAGAGCCUUCCGAAGCGUAUAGAGUGCCCAGAGGAUGAUGAUUUCAUGGCAGCUUUUGACAAGAUGAUUGAGGAUACUUCGAAGGCGAGAAACAACGAGUCAAUCAAGGUGCCACAGUUUGACGUUCCUGUCCCCGUGAAUAUGAAGGGCAGCAAGAAAAAGUUUGAGUUAACUCCGGAGCCCAUGGUGGAUCACAACAUCAAGUUCACCCUGAUCACUCGCCGGGGAAACAAACAGCAGUUUUCAGAUCUCAAUGUGCCAGUUACUGCUGAAUUUGCUACCAAGUUCAAGGAAAGAACGGAGCAAGAGAGGGUGGAGAAGGAGAGAAUGAAACAGGUGGUGCUUGGAAUACAUGAGAGGCAGGAGGAGGAAGACUACCAGGAAAUGCUGGCAUCCAUGAACCGUCCCUUGGCGAUAAAUAACAAUCGAGAAAGGAGAGUCCGCUACCAACAUCCGAAAGGAGCGCCAGACGCUGAUGAAAUCUUUGGCUCAAAAGCAGUAAUAAAAAGGUGACACAUCAGUUGAUGAACUUCUUGAGUGAACUAGAAUACUUCCAACGGGAUAUGGGUUCCUGGGCCAAUGAAAGGGCAUAAUGAACUGUGUGUCCAGCUGGCAAAUCCAAGCUGUUGGAAAGAACGGAAUUCUGACUAUGUUACAAAUGGAAGUGUGUUAUGCUUUGAAAGUGUUAAAUUUUCCUUGCAAAAAGGCUGUGUUAUGAUGUUGCGAUGUUACGCAAGAAAAUGACUCUUUUAUCUUUUUUAUUUGGUUACUUGAUAUUAGAUUUUGAAUGGAGAACAAGUGAAAAUGAAUCGCAUGUGAACUACAGCAGACUUCUUUUUCCACGGACAAUCCAUGGGUAGAAAAAUGUGCUUAUCUUAUUCUAACCAUUUAUUUCACAUCUAUAGCUAGACCUCUUGUUGUCUUGGACACAUUCAGUAUUUUUUAACGAUGAUUUUAAUGGCAAAAAAUUACUUGAUUUUGUUAUUAAGGUUUUCCAAAUUGUUUGACAUACUUUAUUUGUUAAUACAAUAUUGUUAUAAAUGCAUUAUCUAUGAGUUAUGUAAUUUAAUGCUACCUUGAUUCACAUUUAAUUUUGCUCACACUGUUGGCCAAUACUUGAUAAAUGUGCAUAUUUAUGUUUUUUUUGUUUUUGAUAAAGCAAAUAAAAGGAAAUGAAUAUU